AUGGCCACAAACGCAAAGCUCAAGACUGCAUUCAAAAAAGCAAAGGUCAUCGCACCCUUGCACACCGGGGGACCGGCAGCCGUGUCGCAGGAUGGCACCAAGCUCGUUACCUGCGUCGGCGAGGAAGCCAUCCUGACCGACGUCAAGUCCGGCCAGGAGAUAUGCAGAUUUAUGGGUGACACCGAAUCCAUCACCGCUCUGUGCAUCUCGCCAUCCUCGAACCACCUGCUGCUCUUCACCACCAGCCUUGCCCUGCGCGUCUACGAGAUCCCCGCGUCCCCCACCCGCCUGCCCAAGCCCGUCCACCCCGUCCGCGUCAUUUCCCGCGCCCACGAGUCCCCCGUCCACGUCUGCAGGACCGACCCCACCUCCACCUACCUCGCCUCCGGCUCCGCCGACGGCGUCGUCAAAGUCUGGGACUUUCUCCGCGGCUUCCCCACCCAUGUCUUCAAGGGCCACGGCGGCGUCGUCAGCGCCCUCGCCUUCAACUUUCCCCGCGACCCGUCGGCGGUCGGCUACCAGGAGAAGAUGCAGCUCAUCACGGGCUCCGCGGACACGCGCAUACGCAUAUUUGAUUUGUCUGCUGCGUCCGCCGCGGCAAAGACUGGCGCGAGCUCGAAGCCAGAAGCGGUCCUCGAAGGCCAUGUAUCGGUCCCGCGAGGGCUGGACGUAUCUCCCGACGGCAAAUGGCUUGUCAGCGGUGGACGUGAUUCCGUCGUACUCGUCUGGGACUUGGCCGUCAAAAAGCCUAAACCUGCCACUAAAUCCCAAAAGAAAGGCAAGGAGAAAGAGGUGCUUCCUACUCUCGUCAAGACAGUCCCCGUGCUAGAGCGCGUGGAGGCUGUCGGCCUGCUCCACCCAGACGAGGACCUUGCAGGGUCCAGCUCUGACGGGGCAAAGCUCAGAUUCUGGACGGCGGGCGAGAAAGGCGUCGUCAAAAUAUGGGACGCACGAGAAGGCAACGUCCUCUUCACCCUCGGCAAGGAGCAAGACAACAUUCCAGACGACCAGGAAGAACAGCGACAGAUCCUAGACGCCAUGUACCUCCCCUCAACCUCCACCAUCGUCUCCAUCCACGCCGACCAAAACAUCCUCUUCCACUCCCUCUCCUCCCUCUCCCUCACGCGGCAACUCAUCGGGUUCAACGACGAGAUCAUCGACUCGACCUUCCUCUCCCCCGUCCCCUCCGCCCACGACACGCACCUCGCGCUCGCGACCAACUCCUCGCUCAUCCGCGUGUACGACACAUCCACGCUCGACGCGCGCCUGCUCGAGGGGCACACCGAGAUCGUGCUCUGCCUCGACAGCAGCCCCGACGGGCGGCUGCUCGCGAGCGGGAGCAAGGACCGCGCCGCGCGCAUCUGGGCGCCCUACUCCCACCCACAGGACGCGGGGUGGGGCUGGGGCUGCGUGGGCGUCUGCGAGGGCCACGCGGAGAGCGUCGGCGCGGUCGCGCUCCCGCGGAAACGCGGCGAGGACGGGGCGGUGAGCUUCAUGUUCACCGGCAGCCAGGACCGCACGAUCAAGAUGUGGGACAUCUCAGGCGUGCCGGCGAGCUACGACCCGCGCGCAAACACGGCGCCGGCGAAGUGCAAGUCCCUCUUCACGCACAAGGCGCACGACAAGGACAUCAACGCGCUCGAUAUUUCCCCCAACGACCAGCUGCUCGCCUCGGGCUCGCAGGACAAGACCGCGAAGGUCUUUGCGAUAUCGCGCGAGAAGCUGACGCUGCUCGCGACGCUCGCCGGGCACAAGCGCGGCGUGUGGAGCGUGCGGUUCGCGCCGGGCGAGCGUGUGCUCGCGACGGGGAGCGGGGACAAGACAGUGAGGAUAUGGAACCUCGAGGACUUUGCGUGCGUAAGGACGCUGGAGGGGCAUGGGGGCGCGGUGCUUAGGGUGUUGUGGCUGCCGAGGGAGGGAGGGGCGGGCCAGGCGCAGGUUGUGAGCACUGGGGGUGAUGGGCUCGUGAGAGUGUGGGACGGUAGGAGUGAAGAGUGCUUGUGCACUUUGGACGGACAUGAGGAGAAGGUAUGGACCCUAGCCGUAAGCAAAGAUGCGCGGACGAUCGUGUCCGGCGCUGCGGACUCCCUCCUUACGUUUUGGGAAGACUGCACGGAGGAAAUCGAGGCAGAGAAGGAGUCCAAGAGAGCCGAAAUGGUACUGAAGGAGCAAGAUUUCCUAAACUACCUAUCUCUCCACGACUACGAGCAUGCUGUCGCCCUCGCCCUGGCGAUGGAACAACCCGGAAGACUAUUGUCCUUGUUCCGCGACCUGCUCUCCUCAGCUGUAGACGAACCGUCGAGUCCCGUUCUACCAAAGCUGCUGCGACAGCUUACCCCGCCCGAUCUGGUUAAACUGCUAAAGUACGUCCGCGACUGGAACACCAACGCGAAAAACGCGAGCGUGGCGCAGGGCGUGCUCGGCGUCAUCGUUCGCGUCUGGGACGCCGAGCGCUUGAUGAAGGCGUUCUCCGCCGGCGAGCUUGGUGUGCCAGGACCGGACGAGCUUGUUACGGGCGACGGGGCGAACAGCCUACACGAACUGCUGGACGCGCUCAUCCCGUAUACGGAGAGGCAUCUGGCACGGAUGGAUAGGUUGGUGAAGGAGAGCUAUGUCGUUGAUUAUGUCCUCGGAGAGAUGGAUGGGGGUAUAUUCGGCGGGGUGGAUGAAGACGAAGACGAUGUAAUGGAGAUUGACUCGUAAUUGGAUGCAAUAGUGCAGACUACAAACCGUGAUAAAUCUUCUGAUCAACGACGCCUUUGUCUUCUAGCUCUUACCGAUACAAACGAUACUUCCGAGUCCGAGAAGGGUAUAUCUAGUUGCCAACCGGUCAAAGAGGGGAGAGCUUCAAGUAUGGCCGUCGUUUAAAGCUAUUUCAGCCACUCUCCCUAUCCUAACACCUUCGACUCCGUUGAAUACCAGCAGCAACUGUCCCGGGGUCACGUCUUCCUUCCGCAGCUCACCGUGUUUGGCCUCCUGAAUCCUGCCUUGAUCGAGCAAAUAUCUCCUCAUGACGCCAGGUAAACAGCCCGUGCUGGGUGAUGGCGUUAGCCAGAUAGCUGCGCCGGAAGGGGAGGAGCGGGGGAAUGCAACGUUCCGGAUGGUAGUCUCUGAGAUGAGAAGAUCGGGAGUGUAGAGGAGAACAUCGCAGUCGCUGGACUGUAGGGUAUGCGCCUCGGGAUGGUUGGCAGCGGAAGAUGAGGCCGAGGCCGUAGUCAUAGGACGUAUACCAGCCCUCUUCCGAGCAUCAUCAUAGUGCUUGCGAUUGGUGGUCUUGGUGCUCGUGAAUAUCGACGGCGAGGUUGGCUCGGUAUCAAGGUACAGGGAGACAUAAGGCUGUCCCGCGAGAGGAUGAUUCGACGCUGCAGUUGAGCCCGUCGCAUCUCCUGCGUCAAACAACGAAAUAUCGAAGAUUUCUCCAGAUGAGGGGUGGGACAAGGGGAGGAGGGGCCUCGUAGCGUUGGCUGUGGCAGUCAGGAUCCCAGUAGGUGUUAACAGGAUCCGUAUCUUGAACGCUGUACUCUCAUCCGCGUCUAUGAACUCGCUGACCGCUCGUUCGCACUCAAGCCUUACCUCGUCCACCGUCAACGCUUUCACAUUAGUCCAGCCAUGCUCCCCAGCAGCUCUCCUGAGGCGAUCCACAUGGUAUGAAAGGAGCCAGUAGCGAUCGCCUUCGACCAGGUUGACCGGGUCGUAUCGUGUAGAGGUGACGAGAUUGAAUUCGGU